AUGGUGAAGAGGUUGGCACAUGAGCAUCGAUCAGGUACACCGACCAUGUUGUUCAGCGCAGCUGCGCUUCAGGUUCGGGCGUGUGUGCGCACUGUUUGGCGAGGCACGGGACACGGCGUGCGCUGGUCGCCUUGCGGGCGUGUUGCCAGUCAGCGGCUGAGCUGGUCGGUUCCACGACGUCGCCAUUCAGGCCCUCUUUGCACACAUUCGGCGAGUGCAACGCCGCCUUCGUCCGGAGAAACGCUCAGGGCGCCCGGUUCAACAGAGAACGUUCGCGCGAGCGACGGUAUGGCCGCAGAGUCAGCAGCGCCUGCGGGCACCGGUACGCGCACCACUGCAAAGACAAACGUAGAGACGCGUCCGCGUGGAGCUGUUGGAGCAAACGGCACCGGGGCACUGACUUUUCAAGAGGCUAUUCUGCGACUUCAGAUCUACUGGGCCGAACGUGGCUGCUUACUCUGGCGACCCUAUAACGCCGAAGUUGGGGCCGGCACCAUGAAUCCAGCAACGUUCCUCCGUGCGCUGGGACCAGAGCCCUGGAACGUGGCCUACGAGGAACCCUCGGUGCGCCCUGACGACUCGCGCUAUGGCGAGAACCCGAACCGUAUCCAGCAACAUACGCAGUUCCAAGUUAUCCUGAAACCAGCGCCACCGAAUAGUCAGGAGCUACUGCUUGGCUCGUACGCUGCCUUGGGCAUCGACAUUGACGCCCAUGAUAUUCGUUUCGUGGAAGAUAACUGGGAAUCACCAGCACUCGGCGCCUGGGGGCUCGGCUACGAGGUGUGGAUGGACGGCUGCGAGAUCACCCAGUACACGUACUUUCAACAGGUUGGCGGCUUCUCCCUGGAUCCCAUUGCACUGGAGAUUACCUAUGGGAUGGAGCGUAUCUUGAUGACCGUUCAAGGAAAGAGCCACUUCAAGGAUAUUCUGUAUGCGCCGGGCAUUACCUACGGCGAGGUGUUCCUCCAGAACGAAAUCGAAAUGAGUCGCUACAAUCUCGAAGAGGCUGAUGUCGAGCGACAGCGCCACCUGUUCGACCUCUCUGAGGCCGAAGCACGUGAGCUGCUCCAAAAGCGAUUACCGAUUCCAGCGUAUCAUUACGUUUUGCGAACAAGUCACACCUUUAACAUCCUGGAUGCUCGUGGCGCCGUUGGUGUUGCCGAGCGUGCGGCCUACUUUCGUCGUAUGCGUUCGCUGGCGCGCGAGGUAGCCGCCUUGUGGCUGGAACGCCGAGCGGAGCUGUGCUUUCCACUCGGACAGCAGCCAGCGAUUGUUGCGGCUAGCGCUGCACCCACGAGCCACGCCAAUGAAGCUGUGCACACUGAGCAGGUGCAGCGCGAUGCUGCGGAUACCGUCGCCGCUCCAGGACGACAGACAUCCGGUGAGGGCGCCACGUUGCUAAUCGAGAUAGGGACCGAGGAAUUGCCGCCAGCAGAUCUUGAUGCUGCCGUGGAGCAGCUACGUGAACACCUGUUGCAACUUCUACACUCAAGUCGCUUGCUCCCAGACGCUGGUCGAGUGAAAGUGCACGUGCGAGCGACACCACGACGCCAUGCGAUUCUCGUCGAGGGUGUUGCUCACAAGCAGCCAGACCAGUGGACCCAGAUCCGUGGCCCACCGUCUCGAGUUGCGAUAGAUGCUCAGACCGGGAAACUGACGGCUGUGGGUCAGGCCUUCGCCCAGCGUCAUCAAAUCCGGAACUGGGAGGCUGAGACUGAACGAAAAGCGACCAAACAGGGUGAGUAUAUCUUUCUGAAUCGCACCAUUCAAGGCCAGCGUGCCUUACCUCUGCUCCAUGAGCGCCUGGUCGACUCGGUUCUAGCAAAGAUUCAGUUCCGUCGGAGUAUGCGCUGGAACGAGUCGGGUGUCUUGUAUUCACGUCCGGUGCGCUGGUUGCUGGCCAUGCUCGAUGACCAAGUGAUUCCAGUGGCCUUUGGUGGUGUGGUGUCGGCCCCGGUGACCUGGGGAUUGCGGGCAUCCGGGAUUGCACCCCAGCUGCCUGUAUCGCAUGCGCAGCUCUACGACCGGGUCCUGGAGCGAGCGAACAUUGUCGCUGAGGUGUCGGCUCGCGAGCAGUCCAUCCUGCGGCAGGCAAACGCGCUGGCGCUCCAACAAGACGGUGUCAUCUACGACCCAGAACGGACAAUGCUCCAUGAGGUCGCGCGGCUCAUUGAGUCUCCGCAAGUGCUUCUUGGAUCGUUUGAUGAGGCGUACCUGGCGCUUCCAUCUCCAGUACUGAUCACGGUGAUGCAGAAGCACCAGCGUUACUUCCCCAUUGAGGCGUCUGGCUCGAUGUCGACAUCGACCGAGCAAGACUCGAAUGAUUUGCGACUACGGAAUGCGUUUGUGAUUGUUGCCAAUGGACGCUUACGAAACGCUGACCUAGUGCGUCGCGGGAACGAAGCCGUGAUCCAGGCACGUUUCGCGGAUGCCAAGUUCUUCUACGAAGCGGAUCUGAAACGGCCGUUAGCUUCCUUUGUGCCCAAGCUCGAGGGAUUGAUCUUCGAGGAGCGCCUCGGCUCCAUGCUGGACAAGACGAGACGCAUCGAAGCGCUGGUACCGUUCGUCGUGGAUGCGCUUGCACAGCGGCACUACAGGCAUCACGAGGACGCAGGCGUACCGGCACCGGUACCUUCGCCAUGCGAUUCUCCAGUGGACACUGCUUCACCGCGGAUGCGCGCACAAAGUCCAACGCCAGACUGGGAGCAGGUACGCCAGGUUGCUACAGAAGCCGCUGCGCUCUGCAAAGCCGAUCUAGCAACCCAGCUUGUUGUGGAGUUUACCUCACUGGCGGGCAUCAUGGGUGAGCACUACGCACGGAAGCAGGGCUAUCGCGACGAUGUCGCGCGGGCACUCUUUGAGAUUGUGCUACCCCGCAGUGCGGGUGACCAGGUACCGCGCACCCCAGCCGGGGUCGCGCUCGCCCUGAGUGAUCGCAUGGACUCGCUGGUGGGCCUUUUUGGUAUUGGUCUCGCACCCAAGGCCAACUCGGAUCCUUUUGGGCUCCGUCGAGCGGCGCUUGGCGUCGUCCAAAUCCUCUGCCGUGGCGCCUUUGACGGCGUUGAGCUCAGUGCGCUCGCUGAGGCAGCGGCCGCGGUGUAUGCCAAGCAGCACAUGUCGAUUCGCGAGGAAACGCUCGCCGAUUUGCUUGACUUUAUGGACAAGCGCUUUGAACAGUGGCUCCUGGAUCCGGAUUCCAGUCUACCUGCACUCGAUGUUGCUCGGGGCGCGGACCAGUCCCAGGCGUCGGCGACAGGUCUCCAUGUGAGCGCUGUGCGUGCUGUGCUUCAGUGCCAUCGACGGAGACCCGCUCGAGCGUAUCGUGUCCUGCAGCAACUCUAUCCACUCAUGGCAGAAGAGCGCUUUCGUGAUGCAGUUACCUGCUACCUGCGACCCGCGCGCCUGGUUCGAGGCCAACCGGACCUGGACGGUAGCGUCGAUCCCGCGCUUUUCCAGGAUCAAGUGGAAGUAGCGUUGUGGGAGGCGCUUCGUCGGGGCGGCUUCGAUGCCGAUCAGCCACCGUUCACCAACGACGACGUGCUGGGCAUGGUACAGGCGUUACGUACGCUUCGACCGAGCGUAGAUGCGUUUCUGGACGGCGUCAUGGUCAUGGUGGAUGAGCCAGCGCUUCGACGGAAUCGUCUGAACUUGUGUGCUCGCAUCGCCCGCAUACCAGCCAGUGUCCUCGAUAUGGAACAAUUACAGGGUUGGUUCUAG